ACUCACAGUGCUGGAGCGGGGUCGGACUCUCAACUCAGACACCGGCUACUGUGGACCUGGUUUGUUUGUGGAGCUGCUGUUGCCUGUGAACUUGGAGAAGCAAGAUGAGUGCUGUGACAAGGAGCUUGUGCACAAUUGAGGACAUCAGGAACCAAGACAAUGCGGACCGGUACAGGAGACUCCGACUCACUCUGCACAACCAGAACCAGACCGAGCAGCAGAACCGGGACAAGCCAAUCGGACGUGCGUUCGCUCUGGUGCAGCCGCCCAGCGACAAAACAUUUGUCACCCCUGAACCAGUCAAGUGCCCGCAGGAGCAAGUGGAGGUUAUCAAGGUGUAUCUGGACGCUCGUGCUCAAGAGACUCACAAACAGCAACAGAGUCUGAAGAUGUUGUCGGAUGAAGUUUCCCAGAUUCAAGAGGUGAGGUACUGCCUGAAGACGCUGAGGGAGCAGAUGGCGGCCAAAACUAAGAUGCAGACGAAUGGAUGGAAGGUUCCGUUCAAGAAGUCAUCAAAAAGUGGAGCUAAAGUUGAGGGACAAGAGGCCGAGGAAGAAGCGGAGAGAAACAAGCUGCGGGAAGUGAGCAAGCGCCUCUACGCACAGCUCCAGGAGGCAGAGAAGAAGCACCAGGAGGAGAGAGAAAGGCUGCAGGCUGAAGGUGUCAGACUGAAGGAACGUCUGAGCGACCAGGAGGAGCAGCUGAAGAGUGCAGAAGAAGCGUGCAGCAGGAAAGAUGAGCGCAUCGAAGACCUGCAAAGGUUGCUGGGCGGGAUGGAGAAGGAGAGCGCCACCCUGAGAGAAACCAUCCGCAGCCGUGAAGCGGAGCUGAAAGAGCUGCGCCAGAUCAGAGAGGAGGGCAAGCAGCGAGAUGAAAGAGCUGAGCAGCUGGAGAAGGAGGUGGCCAUCCUGAAAGAAAAGAUCCACCAUCUGGACGACAUGCUGAAGAGCCAGCAGAGGAAAGUCCGACACAUGAUCGAGCAGCUCCAGAACUCUCGCAUGGUGAUCCAGGAGCGGGACCGUGUCAUUCAAGAGCUGCAGGAGAAAGUGGCUUUCCUGGAGGCUGAGAAUCGUGAAAUGCAUGACCAGAUGGAUUACUUCCUGGGUGGACAAAAGUCCAACUCCUACCUGUCUUCAGAGCGGAACCCCCAGAUUGUCUACAGCAAACCCAUCAAACCCUCCACCUCCUCCAGCAAGCCCCUCCCCUUCAUCAAAGUCAUCGAGAUUAAGUCAUGAGGCAGCAGUGAAGGAAACACAGAACCAUCAAAGCCUCUGACUGUAGACGGAACCAAAGUUUGAGGAAAUCCAAGUUAAUAAUGACGACAUGAAGGAAAGACUUGUGGUUCAUUUAGGACGUUUCCACCAGCUGUCUCUGUAGGUAAACUAAAGCUGAUGCCUUCUGUUAACAUGAGUGCCGUGUUUUGAGCGUUGCAUAAGAAUACUUGGUUAAGAUAACAGCAUGAUGCCAGAAUAAAUGGAUUUGAAGUAUAAAUUAUUAACCACCUCAUAACCGAGCUCCACUCAACCAUACUGACCAUGACUUGGUAGCUUAUGAUAUGAAUUUAUACAAAUCGGGCACUUAAACUGUGACUUUUACUGAACAGCUGAUGCUAUUGUACAUAGGUUUUAUUGUUUUUAAUACUUCCUGUGAUGCAUUUCAGUUCCAUGUUUUGUACAUAUUUUCUUUCCAAAGCAAACUGACAAACUUUUAUUUCUAAACUUUUCUUUGUAUUUAUUUAUGACUCAAAACCUCCUGACAGGGUGUGGUUUUGUAUAAAGUAUGUUUUGGUUAUGAUAUUUGUCUGUGGUUUUAAAGAAUAAACUUUUU